GAUAUCCCAUAAUGUUUGUUAGAAAGCUAUCAAUGAAGAAUUUGUGCCAGACGGAAUCCCAGAAUUUAGAAUUGUCGAGUUAAAGUCUGGUACAAAUACAGGAAUGGGGUCUGAAGUUAUUCUGUCAAACCCUGUGGAGGCAGGUCUGGGUUUAUUCAUUACGCUCAAACUGAAUCAUGAACAGCAGAUGCAUUAAGGAGGAAUUCUGGCCCUGUGGCUAAUCUGCGCACCCAGUGUCCUGAUUAAACGGGUUCGGUGCGUGGAGACACAGUGAGCUGUAGCGCAGAAGCACACGGCCGCUGUGGUGUAUGGAGCGCAUCACGGCGCUGGGAAGAGCGGCUCCAAUCACCACCGCUGCUCCUGGCUGAAUUUCCCUGGCUGACGUCAGCUGACUGCUCCGCUCUCCGCUCUCCGCUCCUUCGGACACAGCGCCGCGGUAAAAAAAAAAAAAUGCUGCUCUCUGCGCCGCCACGGACGGGAAUCAACUCGUAUAACGGCUACGCCGGCAAAAACGCCAAGAAGCAGACGUAUGUGUCCCCCUCCAACCAUCAGAUGGCUCCUCCCAGCCCCAACACUAACAACAGCAGCAGCACCACCUCCAUCAGCAACGGCAGCGGCGGGGCAGAGACGCUGAGCAAAACCAACCUGUACAUCCGUGGCCUCCACCCGGGAACCACAGACCAGGAUUUGGUCAAACUCUGUCAACCGUACGGGAAAAUUGUCUCCACCAAGGCUAUUUUGGACAAGACCACCAAUAAGUGCAAAGGCUACGGCUUUGUUGACUUUGACAGUCCGGCCUCGGCCCAGAAGGCGGUGACGGCGCUGAAGGCGGGUGGGGUGCAGGCUCAGAUGGCCAAGCAACAGGAGCAGGAUCCCACCAACCUGUACAUCUCCAACCUGCCGCUGUCCAUGGACGAGCAGGAGCUGGAGGGGAUGCUGAAGCCGUUCAGCCAGGCCAUUUCCACGCGCAUCCUCCGCGACGCCAACGGGACCAGCCGCGGCGUGGGCUUCGCCAGGAUGGAGUCGACAGAGAAAUGUGAGGCCAUCAUCCAGCAUUUCAACGGGAAAUAUAUCAAGACUCCCCCCGGAGUACCAGUGCCGUCAGAACCCUUGCUGUGUAAAUUUGCUGAUGGAGGCCAGAAGAAACGUCAGAGCCAAGGAAAAUAUCUGCAGAACGGGCGGCCGUGGACGAGGGACGGGGAGACUGGAGGAAUGACCCUCACCUACGACCCCACCACGGCCCUGCAGAACGGCUUCUACUCGUCUCCCUACAGCAUCGCUCCUAACCGGCUGAUUGGUCCCACCUCCCUCUCCCCAUACAUGCAUUCCCCUGUGUCCACCUACCAGGUACACAACCCAUCCUGGAUCCACCACCAGUCAUACAUCAUGCCCCCAGCAGGAGCGGUUCUGACGCCGGGAAUGGACCACCCCAUGUCCAUCCAGCCCACCUCCAUGAUCGGGCCUCUGACGCAGCAGCUCAGCCACCUCUCCAUGGGCAGCAGCGGCGCAUACAUGCCUGCAAACACGUCUAUGCAGGGGACCUACAUCCCACAAUACACCCAAGUGCCUGCCACCAACAUCUCAGUUGAGGAAAGUGCCGUCCAACAAUCUGUUGCCAUAGAGACGCCUACAGAACACACGACCUACUCCUACCAGCAUAACAAGUGAGGAGGAGGCUGAGAUUUUCCUCUGGAGCCGGAGACGCUCUCACGGGACCCAAGUGCUGAAGCUAUGGUGACUCUGCACUCAGACACUCGGGAGGAACAUGGACUGUUACACAGAAAUGACAAACAAAAGAUAUUUUCUACAAACUCAAAUUUUACAACAAACUCUUUCACUCCACACGAGCGCGACGGGACGAUAGCGGGCGACGGGAAACGGAAGGAGCGUCUAUUUUGAUAACACUCACAUGCAGACUCGCAUUCUACACGUUUAAAAAAGGUUUUGUUUUUUUAAACACUAUUUCGCAAAACUAGAAGAAAACAAAAAGAACAUUUCAACACCAUGUUUUACUUGGAGUCAUGUCUUGUUUUGAUCUUGUGCUGAUUUGACUCUUUGUUUUUCCGUCUGACACAUUUUGUACAUACUUCUUUGUUUUGGUGUGUUUCUACAGUAGCUUCACGUGUCCUUUUCUUUUGAAUAAGUGGUGCAAACAUUUGAACACGGAAGGUAGACAGAACCGUCUGAGCUCAUCCAAACAGCUGAUGGCUCCCAGUCUAACCACACAUGGUGCUGACCCGCAUUAGUUUCCUGUCGAGUGGCCGCGACUUCUCCCGGGAUCAAACCUGAGCUGAAGCGGCCUCGCUUCUUCUCGGCACUUGUUUCUCCAGUAACUUGUAGUUUCAGCAACGCUUCAGACAAUCAGAAGAUCACAGAGAACACGCAGAAGCAACGGCGUUUAGUGGCAGGUGUCUUCUUUAAACGAGCCGAAUAGUUUUCAAGCAUUCCAGAGAUUAACAGAAAUACAGACGACUCACUUUGAGCUGCUCCACUUGAUGAAACCCAAAGUGCAACAGGGAUCACGUCACACAGAGCUGCCUGUAAAUAAGAGAUUUAAAUGGUUCUGGCUUUGUUUUGAUGCGGUGAUGCUUCCGUUGAUUUGUUAAUGUAUCAAAUUGUGUGAUCGUCGCCAGAGCGUGUUCCGCAGCAUGAAUUGGAUGCUCGUAGACUAUGUAGAUGAGCUGGUGAAGCAUGGCUCUGGCCUGUGCUCUCAAGGCAGAUUAUUAUAGCGUCACACAUUCUGAAACACAGGCCACUCAUGCAUGUUUGCAUUUAUUUCCGCAUUAUUUUUCACCCACAUUUUUAUUUAAAGGUUCCCUUUUUUAAAUUCAUUUUUAAUACUUUUAAGAUUGAUCUUAUUUUUCAAAGAAGCGUUGACUUUAUUUUUGAUAGCGUGUUGUGUAAUUCAUAGAGAGACGUAACUUAGAAAGUAGCGAUUGUGCGUUGGCAAACUUCCGUCCUUCUGGUUCCAGUGCUGUCGCUGAAGAGGCUUUAAGGUGUAUUUGUGGCCGUUACCGUUCUGUCCGUGUCACCAGUAUUGGCACUUUAUGAACAGGACUCCUAAUCGUGGAUGAAUCAUAUGCUCGGUUCAGAUGCAUUACUAGAGUUUCGACCCAAGCAGCUGGAUCAAAUGUUAGGAGGAAUAUAUGUUGAAAACCUUGACGUACCUCAUCCUGCCUGAGCAACGUGGGUUCAGUUUGUGUAAAAAGGUUCACCGGCAAUAAACAACUAAGUUAGGUCUCAUGGCUGUUCACAGCUGGUACUGUGUCCACUUUUCCGUCCAAAUUUCGUAACGCAUGCCCAAGGUCCAAGAUCUAUGCAACUAAUUUAUUAUCCUUUUAAAUGCAAUAUUACAAAUAACAAAAACACCUCUUUCUUUCAUUACGUACAUUCAGACUAUUUUUGGGAUCACGUUGUUCAUUGAAAGGGAAUGAUUUCACGCCACAGUUGUCGAUACAACAGUGGGAAAUGUAGCUUCUCCAAAAACGUAUGUGGCAACUGCUGUGUGUGUGUGUAGGUGCGGGAGUCACCGGUCUAUCCAGAUUUUAUUCUACAUCCUGUUUGUCUUUCACCAUUCCGUCCAUUCGUGACGUUUAUGUAAAAGGUUGCAUCUUCUGAGUUCUGUCUGGUUGGACUUGAUACCUCCCACCUUGCUGAGUAAUUGAAAAUCACAGAACAGUUUAUUUCCCAGAAAAGAGUUUAACUUCACAGAAAUGCCUUAGAUUUCAUGGGAAGGGAUGGUGAAGGGCUAGGAUUAGGUAAGCUUGACCUCUGACUGGAAUUCUUUUCAUACACUGCUAAUGUUGAAAGGAUUUUUAUUACAACGAACUACUCUGAACAUAGAUAUGUGAAGCUAAGAAAUGUUUGCAACGUUGCUAUUACGCUCCAUUGUCAUUCCGUUGUUUAUCAACCACAUUAGCAGAGAGGUGGUUUAUUGACUUUGAAAAAUGUUGCUGCUAAUUCUGGACUGCUAAGUAUUUAGAAAACCUUUAGCUGAAGCUCAUUCAAUAUAUCAAGUCACUUGGGGUUUGUAACUCGUGUUCAGUGAUGUCCAUGGAGUCUUCUGCUUGUUUUGUUCAUCAAAUAACUUCUCCUCAGUAAAUGUUUGUCUUUCUGUGCCAUGAUGCAGGUCUUUGUCUUCUCCAUAGAAAAAAAACACUACAGCUGUUAAACAUUAAACUUUGAUUUCAAAGUUGUCUUUUUUUUUAAUAAAUGUUUUUUUUUCCA